AAUUUUAUUCCAAUAUCUUCAAGCUCCUUAGCUUCCUCACCAAGUAGCCAUUGUUGUUUCUCUUCCCUUAAUUUCUGAAAACUUCUAUACCAUCCAUGUGUAUUGUACUAGUACUCAAAACCUUCAUAAAUUUGUUUUUUUUUUCUAAUUGGUUUUAAGUUUAUUUUUAUUUUUUCCGAUUAUUCUAUUAUGUUACUAUUAUAACUGCUUGUCGCUACUGUUUCGUUCAUCUUUCCUUGAGCAGAUAUCUGUCCGAAACAGUCACUUUAUCCUACGCACUAUAUUUCUCAGACCCUACUUAUAAGACCACGCUGAAUUUUGUUGUUUUGUUGGUUUUAAGUUUUAAAUAAAUGAUUUUGUUUGACUGUAGCUUGAGGGGUGUCUUUAAUAAAUGAACUACAGGAAUCUCUGUGAUGGCGCAAUUUAAGGGUAGGCAUUAAAAGUGCGCCUUAGCGCCCUCUGUUUCUUUUUCCUUAUUACCCCACUUCCUCUUAUUCAAUACUUCUUCGACUCCAGCAUCUCUAAUUAUCCUAUUCUUUCAAUUUCUUCAAUUCACCCAAAUAUUCAUAAUUUUGUAUUGCAUUUGUUAAUUCCCCUGUUUUCAAACUUGUAAUUGCUUUUCAAUUCAAAGUGGAAGAAUUUGAUUAUAUAUAUAUAGCGAGAGAUUGAGAAAAUGCUUACGUGCAUAGCUCGUUCGAAGCAACCGAGCGAUGAUUCGCGUGAUCAUCAACCUGAGAAAUUCAAUCCAAAUUCAGCUCCGGCCAAUAAACAAGCUGUUAAAACACUCACUUCUCAGAUUAAGGACAUGGCAUUGAAAGCAUCAGGAGCAUAUAAGCAGUGUAGUCCAUGUACAACUCAGCCGACGACUCUACGGAAAAACGGAAGCCAAAACGAGUCGUCGGACUCGGCGUCGUUGGAUAAAUUCCGUUGGUCAUAUAAGAGAACAGGGAGUUCGAGUUCGAGCUCGACGGCCGGGAGAAAGGAACUGGAGGCGAGGCUGAAAGGAAUAUCAAGCGGAGAAGUUACGCCGGUGUCGGCGUCGGCGAGUGGUCGGCGAGUUGAACCGGUCGUGUUCGUUGAAGAAAGCGAGCCGAAAGAGUGGGUGGCGCAAGUUGAACCGGGUGUGCUCAUCACUUUCGUUUCGUUACCACGUGGCGGCAAUGAUCUCAAGCGGAUUCGAUUCAGUCGGGAAAUGUUUAAUAAAUAUCAAGCUCAGAGAUGGUGGGCAGAGAAUUGUGAGAAGGUAAUGGAGCUUUAUAAUGUCCAGAGGUUGAAUCGCCAAGCUUUCCCCCUGCCAACACCUCCAAGAUCUGAAGACGGGAGUUCAAAAAUUGAAUCCAUCGAAGACAGUCCUGUGACACCUCCACUCACUAAAGAACGACUGCCCCAUACAUUGUACCGUCCAAUGUAUUCAUCUUCAGAUUCUCUUGAACAACACUCGACGCAUUCUCGCUACAAUUAUGAUUCUUGUGGUGUUGCCUCAACUCCAAAACUCUCAAGCAUCAGUGGAGCAAAGACAGAGAUAUCAUCUAUGGAUGCCUCUAUUAGGACUAGCACAUCAAGAGAUGCAGAUCGCUCUGGAGAGCUAUCCAUCAGCAAUGCCAGUGAUCUUGAAACUGAAUGGGUUGAGCAAGAUGAGCCUGGAGUUUACAUCACUAUACAAGCGCUACCAAAUGGAAGAAGAGAACUCAAACGAGUCAGAUUCAGCCGAGAAAAAUUUGGAGAAGUGCAUGCCAGGUUAUGGUGGGAAGAGAAUCGUGCUAGGAUACACAAACAAUACCUGGGAUAGGAAUGCUUGAAAAUAUUGCUAAAUUUCCCUUGUGGUUGCCAAUUUAAGGAGAUGUUGCCUACUUGGGUGUUGCAUUUCUUUGGCAACGCCCAAAGUAUAUUCAUUAUAUAUAUGGAGCCAGAUAAUAGUAUGAGAGAGGCAACAUACAGAGAAGAAUCUAAGUUUUGUUACAUUUGUGAACAACCACCUUGGUUGUUGGACACCA